AUGUCCGAGUCCGCAAAAUCUAAAGCUGCUGCUAAGACUCUUGAAGAUGAAGAAGAAGUUCAAAAAGUAUUAAAUAGUUUUUCUCAGCAACAACUGCUUUCUAUCCGCAGUAAAUCAGAGCAAAACCGCUGUGAAGCCUGGUCUAACUCAGAUAUAUCCACAUCCGCACCUGCGGCAUUCACUGCUUCAACAGUUGCCACCGUCGUUCCUGCUGUCGUAGCAUCUGUAUCACAGCUUCCUAGUCAUCUGCAAGCUCUGACAUUGAUCACUCAACAAUUAAUCGCGUCAGGAGCUGGUAUGGCACUUUCUGCUUCAACUUCGUCAUCCAGAGCUGCCCUAGAACAACAUCAGGAAUAUUGUCCUACGAUGGUGGAUUCACAACAUGUAUCAUUUCAACAACAUCCAUUAUCAACAAAUUCACAUAGAAAAACAAUAGAUGAUCCAUUACCACCAUCGGAACCACGGCUCAGACCCGUGCCAAUGACAUCACAUACAACUUUGUUGAUAGAACAAGUUCGUCAAUUGCAACAUGAACUUAAACAAGAAAAAUCAAAAGUUGGUCGCCUUCAGGAGGAGGAUGCAACUGUAAGGCAUUCCAGUUCGUCUACAUCAAAUAAACACUCAUGCACUCAAACAAUUGAUGAAUGUUCCUCUGGAAUUUGGGAUGAAAUAAAUCUUAAUCAAAAAGCUGCCAUCAGGAAGUCAAAGAAAUCGAGAAAAUCAUUAAAGAAACUUGAUCGACGUCCAUCACCAUCCAUAUCAACUGGUGAUGAAGAGAUGACACCAAAACAUCAUUCACAAAAAUCAACAAAAAUUUUACAACCAUCAACAACACCUAUGUUGAAUCUAACGAUGUCCAUACCCGAUAAUAUUACAAAAUUCGGAGGAACAACAAAAGAGGCUCCAGGCAGAUUCAUUAUAGAAUAUCAACAAAAAGCCAGAACUGCCUAUGGAUGGUCAGAUCAAGCAACACUCAACGGAAUUAAUUCGAAAUCAGUAAAAGACGAGAAGAAUGAUUCAACAACAAUCAUCGCAGAUGACUCCAAUGAUGAUACCAUGUCGGAGGAGGAUGCACUACAACAAGAUGUCGAAGGAGAUGAUCAUGAUCCAUUAUCUGAUGUAGUUGGACCUGAAGGUAGUUCAGUAGAACCAGUCGGAUGGGUAGAAGCAGAAAUCACGCAUCCGAACCCAACAAAACAUCAUGGACCAGUAGCAUCUGAUCCAACAUUAGAACUGGAACCACUGAUGCCAGUCAUAAACAAAGAAGGAUUAACUCAUGUAGAGACACAUAUUGACACAUAUAUUGACUCACACAAUUUGAUGGGAGAAGUUGAAGAGGAAGACUUAGAUCUCCCCAGUGCUUCUUUAAGUGAUGCCGAGGAAAAACGUUUGAGUGAUUUAGUUCUCAAGUACGCCGGUCUAUUCACUUCACAACCGGGACGUACUAACAUCAUUAAACAUCACAUUGAUGUUGGUGACGCUAAACCAAUUAAACAGCAACCUUAUCGUGCUCUGCUUCCGCGCAGAAACUAUAUCACUCAAGAGCGGAUACAAAUGCAAGAGCAAAAUAUAAUUGAACCCGCUACUGGACCUUGGGCAGCUCCAGUUACAUUGCAGCGGAAGCGAGACGGAACAAUGCGUUUUUGCAUUGAUUUUCGUCGACUGAACGCAGUCACUGUUCGAGAUGCCUAUCCCUUGCCACGGAUAGAUGAUACUCUCGAUGCUCUACACGAUGCCCAAUUCUUUAGCACAUUAGAUUUACGCUCAGGAUUUUGGCAAGUAGAACUCGAUGAAGAAAGUAAAGAGAAAACGGCUUUCGUGACUCACGAGGGAUUAUUUCAAUUCAUCGUGAUGCCGUUUGGAUUAACUAAUGCACCAGCUACAUUUCAACGUCUGAUGGAUUUGGUUUUAUCGGGGCUGAAAUGGCGUUGUUGCUUACUUUACCUAGAUGACGUUAUCAUCUACUCUUCUACUUUCGAUCAGCAUUUGAAGGACAUUGAUGAUGUCUUGGGUAGAUUAAGUGAAAGUAAUCUUACUUUAAAGGCAACUAAAUGCCAUUUUUGUCAGAAGGAGCUCCGCUACUUAGGACAUAUAGUCAGUGCCGAUGGUAUACGUCCAGAUCCGGAAAAAUUACGAACAGUACGUGAUUUUCCGGUUCCGUUCAAAGUUAAAGACGUACGUUCAUUUCUCGGAUUAACCGGAUAUUAUCGCCGGUUUAUCAGGAGUUAUGCUACCAUCGCGGAGCCUCUUUUGAAAUUAAUUCGCGUUAAGCAUUCACCAAUUUUCGUUUGGACACCAGAGUGGCAGGAUUCAUUUGAAGAGUUAAAACAAAAACUCAUAACUAGUCCCGUAAUCUCGUAUCCAGAUUUUAAUUAUCCAUUCAUAUUACAGCUGGAUGCAAGUAAUUACGGUCUAGGAGCCAUAUUAGCCCAGAAAGUUCUUCCCGAAGGAGAUGAACACGUUAUCGCUUAUGCUAGCCGCACGUGA